AUGAUUCACAUUCCUUUCUUUAUUUUGCUUCCACCAUGGUUUUUGGUGAGACCUUCCUCUUCACUCUCUCAUUCCGUUGGUGAACCGAAGAGAUCUCUUUACUCUGCUUCCACCAUGGCUUCAGAUGAGUCUCACUAUUGCAUCGGCAUACAUGACCAACCGGCUUUUUCCCAUCCUCUUCUAAAAAACCACACAAUACAGAAGUCGCUGACUGGAACUAGGGCAAAAAGUGAAUGGCCAACAUACGAGGCUCACGUCAGCAAAGUGAAGUGCCCCGUAGAUACUAUACCAGUGCAAAUCGUUACCGCUUUGGAUCAUCGGGCGAAACCCCAAACGGGCACGAUUAACCGUAGUUACCAACACGAGUAUGCAACGGUGGCUACAGAUCGCCUAGAGAAGCUGUAUGGGACCAUAGCUACGAUCAACGUGUGGGAACCGGUCGUUGAAAACAGUGGCGAGUUGAGUCUUGCCCAAAUGUGGAUAACUUCGGGAGACUGUGAGACAAAAGAUCUCAACACGAUUGAAGUCGGCUGGCAGGUGUGCGAGGUGUUUUACAAGGACAACAAGCCAAGAUUGUUCAUUUAUUGGACGAGUGACACAUACAAUACAACCGGAGGCUAUAACCUUCACGAUCCUGGGUUUGUUCAAACCAGCAGCGAGGUUGUCCUAGGAGGUGCUAUUUCUCCUUUAUCUAGCAUCGGGGGUCGCCGCCAGUUUGAGAUAACUAUUCUGGUUUGGAAGGAUCCCCGAAGUGGAAACUGGUGGCUGCGUGUAGGCACCGACUUGGCAGGAUACUGGCCUAGGGAACUUUUCACCACUUUAGGCGAUCAUGCAGGGAAAAUCGAUUGGGGUGGAGAAAUCAUUGACUCAGAGAGCUUCGGACGACACACGAAGACGCAGAUGGGCUCAGGGCGUUUCCCCCAAGAAGGGUUUGGAAACGCGAGCUAUUUCAGGAACAUACAAGUGGUUGAUCACACUUGCAAUUUCCAGCCGACCCCUGAGUUGUUUACACAUGCAGAUACUCCUUAUUACGACAUCAAGAACUUGCAUAGAGAUGAGUUGGGAACUCAUUUCUUUUUUGGCGGACCAGGAUUUGGCCAUAGGCAUUCAGGGGUCGUAUCUCUUAGUUUGAGUCAGUUUUUUCUUUAUUUAUGUUUUAGUUUUUUCAUUAUCAUUAUCAUUUAGUUUCUUUUCUUAUUUAUGUUUGUUCGGUUAAGGCUUUUGUGUAAAAACACUGUUUAUACUUAUGAACAUAUUGUAAUACAAUAUCUUAUAUAACAUUUCUGAUCUAGUUA